UCUUCUUAGCAUGUUUCUCCCUUUUGUCCUGAGUUUGAGAGUCUUCAAAACCCAUGACGCCUUCGGUAAAGGCUGCUCUCCAAUUGGAGUGCUUGGGGGUCAGCAUAGCUGAGCAACUGCUAAGGUCUAUGUAUCAUCAUUGGGAUCAAUGCCAAACAUGGAUACCCAUGGCCUCGCUCCUCCACCCCUUUGUGAGGCAAAUGCCAUAAAUGUAAAGGACAUGACUUCACCCUAAGAAUCAUGGGAAAUGUAGUCUGUUAAGGGGGCUGCAACUGUAGCUUUUUGAAUGGUAAACUGCUGUUCCAAGAAUCCUCAGGGAGAAGCAAUGUGUUUUAAAUGUAUGCUGCCUAAGUUUCGCUGCCAUCUUUUAAGUGAGGGACCAGUGACAGGAUUUGCUUCCAACUUCAUCUCCAUCAAGCCCUGCAUGUAAUUUGGGUCCAGAGGAAGGAGGACAAGCACAUAGUGGUGAAACGAACAGAGGCAUUCAGGGAGGGAUCGCUGUCCGUCCUCCUCUUCCUGCUGCAGUCACAGCAGCAUCUCCCUAAGUCGCUCUGAGGCAGCUGCCCAGGCAGGAGUGGCGUGGCUUAUCUUACCUUGGGGGGGGGAGGGGAAUUCAUUUAAAAAACACAUAUUUUUGCCAUUUUGUCACUCCCCUCAGUAAUGACACCUGGGGCAAACGGCCCCAACCACAUACUCCUUCCUAUGCCUCUGCCUUCAGAUGUCUUCUAAAAGUCAGGUUCAGGCGCUUAAGGCGGCUGAUCAGCUGCAAGAAGGUGGCCCCCUUGGAAGUCCUGGAGCAGCCCGCGGUGUCGGAUGUGCUGGGGAUCCACAUCCCUUCCAUUGCGCUGCUGGACAAAGAUCAGCUCCAGCUUCUGGGCAUCAUCCAGGACUGCCAGGCAGCUCGGCUCAGGGAGCUCCGAACCCUGAAGUACUCCAAGGAGGAGACGGCCAAAGCCAUUCUGAACAUCCUCGGCCACUUGGAGUACUUCAGGGAUCGCCCCUGAGCCUGGCCCUGGCCUUCGAGGCCCUCCUGCAGUUGAGUUUUAUGAGACCCCACUUCAGUCCCUCUGUGGUGAGUGAAAUCCUCCAUAGAACAACAGAGGCAGUUCUGGGGAGCACAGAGGAGGACAAAGAGGAACUGAAAAGGCCAUUCCAAAGCCUGCUGGGGGGUCUCCUCCUAGAAGCCCCCAAUACUGGCACCCUUCUCCAGUUGCUUACCGACCUCCGAUAUUACGCCCUUUUGGGGAGUGAAGACCAAAGGAAAUUAGGGGCCAGCAGUAUAUCCCUGCUGCUGGCCCUUUCACGAAGAUUCCCGAACCUCAGAAACACAGUAAUUCGGCCGGAGCUGGCUUGUUUCAGGAAUAAUCUGAAAGAAGAUGACAUCAUCAUCGAGGAGCUGUGAUUUUCCUCCUUGAAGGAAUUGCUGCUCUAUUUGGACAUCUCAACUGGCCAAAGACUGGCAGAAGAAGAGG